AUGUUGGUGUAUGCAGUGAUAUUGGUGCUGUGGGCGGGGUCAGCCGAGGGGGAGGGGCAUAUAGUGCACGCGCCGGCGGGCAGCAUCCGCGGCGUGCCGGCCGCCGAUGGCGACUACGUCAUGUACCUUGGUAUACCGUACGCCAGAGUCAACGCCAGCAAUCCCUUCGGAGAGGUCCUCCCCCACGAAAAAUUUCACAAUGUUUUUGAAGCUGUCAAAGAAGCGGCGAUAUGUCCGCAAACCAAGGAAGUGUUCGAUGCUACGAAAGACAAGGAUACAUACGACGGCACCCUCGACUGCCUAAACCUUAACGUAUUCGUGCCGAAAACGGUGACAGAAAACAAGGCUACCUAUAUAUUUGUAUUCGGGGGCAAGUUUUUGAACGGUCACAGCCUAAUGGAGAUCUACGGACCGAGGUACCUCGUACGACAUGAUAUCAUCGUGGUGACGUUUAAUUUUCGAAGCGGCCCGUACGGUUUCAUGUGUGCAAACAUCCCCGAGAUCCCCGGCAACCAGGGUCUCCGAGACCAGUACGCCGCGAUAGAGUGGGUCAGGGAUAACAUCCGGGCGUUCGGGGGGGACCCGCAGAAGCUCACCGUCGGCGGGCACAGCUCCGGCGCCAUGCUGGUCGACAUGCACCUGCUGACCGACCGGCCCCGGCUGUUCCAGCAGGCCAUCCUGCAGAGCGGAGUCGCCACGAGCUCGGCCUCCCUUCGCCCCUCCGACCCGGGGACCGUCGUCGGUAUAGCCGGCAAGCUCGGCUUCAGAACUAACGACACGUACGACGCUCUGUCGUUCCUAGCCAAAGCCAAUCCUAAAUCUGUCGUUAAAGCGACAGAAUAUGACUUGGAGUACCUGUGGCGACCGUGCGUCGAAAAGAUAUUUGAGGGGGUCGAGCCGUAUAUUGCUAAAAACCCGGAGUUGUGCGAUGGGCGAAACCUCGAUGGAUUGAAAGUGUUGGGCGGAUUUACGGAUCGGGAGAGCUUGUUCAGUUUGUACUCCUCGUAUUAUGAUCCCGUGUUUAAUCUGCCGUAUGAUUUUCGAACUUUUGUGGACGAAAAAUUUUAUCUUCGGAAUGAGAGAGUCCUCCUGGAUAUAGUUCGUCGUUUCUACGUGAACGACGAGGCGGAUCGCGAAAUCGUCAAAUACAAGAUUGUCGAUCUGUUCUCCGAUUUCUCCUUUGUAUACCCGAAGCAGCGGCAAAUGUUCAAGUACGCGAGGCACAGGAACACGACUGUGUAUAUGUACAUGUUCUCCUACGAUGGUUCCCUCAAUAGAAUGAAGAAUGUUUUGAACAUCACAGAAGCCGGAGCGACUCACUCGGACGAGCUGGGGUACAUAUUCACCAUGGGUCAUAUUUCAGACGCAAAAUAUAGCAAGGAGCAACUUAUGAUUGACCGGCUGACCACGUUAUGGGCCAACUUUGUUAAAUACGGGAAUCCAACGCCCGCGAGGUCUGAUCUACUGCCAGUGUCAUGGCCGCCGCUGACCACCACCACAGCUCCGUGCCUGCGGAUAGACACCAACAUGACCGUCAUUUCUAGACCGUUCCGAAGGAGGAUGGCCUUCUGGGACCUGUUCUAUGACGCGCAUUUAGAUGAGCUCCUGAUAUCACCUCCACAGAAGUGAUU